AUGUUGGGUUCAACGAUACGGAGCUUUGCUUCUCGAACUACCGGAGCAUCUCGAUCAUUCUUCUCCACCUCAGCCGUCAGGAAAACUGAAAAACUAUGGGAGAAUCCAUGGAAAUACGCCAUCCCAGAAAAAACAAACACGUUAGCUACAGUUGAAGAAAUUCCUGUCGAUUGGUCGUAUGUAGAAAGACUGAUGCCGAUUGAAGUAGUACCAGAAGUGCCAAAGCACGAAUCUUAUCCCACACCAAGUGGAUGGACACCGCCCUCAGGUGCCGGAAAAACUCAUCCAUAUUACGUCCGUCGUCGUCCAGAUCAUCUUCUGCCUCUUUAUUUAGAAAGAAAACGUGAUUUGUUGAAUGAGAAGACACUGGAUUUCGAUUAUGUUGAAUUGGUGACCGUCAGAAGUGUAGAUGGAGACGUUUUUGCAUGCGAGCAGGACCUUCGUACAUACCUCCAAGAGCAACUCGGACAUCCGGUAGCAACUCAUGUCGACGAGUUGAAAGGGCGUAUCAAAGCCGGUUGUUCAAGUUGCGCUCUUUCCUUCUGCAAGAAAUGCUUGGGUUACCGUGCCCUCAUUCCAACUCUUUCGGAUCAACCGAUGAUCGUUUGCUACAAUUGCUAUCAGAAGAUUGAAGCAGCCAAAAUGAAGCCAGAUGCUACAAUAACUUCGGAACCUCUUCCGGAAUAUGGCAGUUCUAAACCACAGAGUUCGAACAAGAAUUGGUGGGGUAAAGGGUUGCCACCACCAUCAUUUCGAGGUUCGUAUGGAAACCAGAACCAGAAUAUAAGUAGAGCAACACAAAAUAGGCAACCCUCUUCGUCUUCCCAACAAAAAACAGAAAAUACCUCUGUUUCGAUCGAAGAUUUGGAACAACGUCGAGCCAAGCUACGAGAAGACAUUGCGCCUCCUGUCGAACCACUUAGUAUUUCUGAAAUAGAGGAAAGACUCGCGAAACUUCGCGACUGUGAUGUUGAAGUUAUACGAAAUCCUAGAAGUUGGUUAACAUCAUCUUCCAAAGAAGGGCCAUAUAUCAAUACAAACAAUCCGGCUGAAUUGAUGCGAAUAGCCGAAGAUCGAGCUAGACUUGAACUAAAAGAAGAGGAAAUGGAAGCAAAAGAUUGGGAAGAAAUAGAAGCAAGAAGGAGGAAAGUUUUCGAAAAAAACACUGAGCAAGUUGGAAAUGAAGAAGAAGAAACAUCAGUCAGAGAAUCAAUGGUUUCUGGGAAUACAGAAUUCAGUGAAGCGACAAAAGAAGAAAUGAAUGAGAUCAAUAACCUACUGAUGGACGCAGAAAAACGUGUCGCAGAAACGAAAAGGCAAGAAGAUCACGACGCAGCGGAGAUGAGGACUUUGAUGAAAGCUUCUCGUCAAAAAUCGCUCGACGCAAUGCAGUGGAAUGAUAAAAUCACAAAGGAGAUCGGCGGUUUUUGGGAUAGGCGAAAUGAAAAAGAGGCGGGUGAAGUAGAAGAUGACGAUGAUGACAAAUCUCUGGAUGAAGAGACUUUCAAAAAGAUUCUCUAUGAAGCUGAAAACUCUGUCGACGUGGAACCGCCUUCCCAAUCUUCGAAACCAUCAGAAACACGUUCCAGUUCUAGUUCACCGAAGAAAAAGGGAUUCUUCGAAAAAUUGUUUAGGAAAGAUUCAAAACAUUAA